UUCAAGGCACGACUUGUAGCGCGCGGGGACAUGCAGAGGGCUUCGAUUGAUUUUGGAGAAUUGUUUGCACCCACCGUGUCCGUGUCUAGUGUGCGUUUGUUGGCAGCAUUGGCAUGUGAGCAGAACCUUGACUUGUGCCAUUUCGAUAUUCAGCAGGCAUUUGUGCAGUCUGAACUUGAAGAGGAUGUUUUCAUGCGUCUCCCGCAAGGUUGUGGUAGGUUAUCUGGACUGAUCGUGAAACUAUGCAAGAGUCUGUACGGUUUGAAGCAGGCAUCACGACAAUGGCAUGCGCACCUGACGAGGUGUUUGUUACUUUUAGGAUUUGUGCAAUGUUUGGCGGAUGCAUGUGUUUUUCGAUUGAUGGAGGAUGGAUGUGUGAUCAUGAUCAUUGUGGUCCACGUUGAUGACAUUUUUGCCGUAGGGCAGAAGGAGAGGUGUGACAAGUUUGGCAGUGACCUCAACGAGAUGGUCCCCGUGAAAAACCUUGGGGAGUUGAGGUGGUACUCCGCGUGCUUUUACCAGAGAGAUCUAGAGAGAGGCCUUUUGAGGAUCUCGCAGCAAAGGUUUGCAGAAGAGUUGGCUGCAGAGUACGGCGUUGAGUGGGGGAAGAGUGUGCCCUUGCCUGUGAGCGUGAAGCUCACCGACUUUGACGAAAACGAAGCGUGUGCUGAUGUCCCGUUUCGCGAGUUGGUAGGAUCUCUGAUGUGGUUGGCCACUCAAACCAGGCCGGACAUCGCGAAUGCAGUACGAGCAGUAGCGCGGUAUUGCGCGUCUCCCAAGAUGGUGCACUGGAAGGCAGCACUUGGUAAUUUAGGGUACGUGCGUAGGACGAGUUGGAUGGGGAUUAGAUUUGAGAGGGGGGUGGUCACUGGCAUGAGCAUGCAGGUGUUUGUGGAUGUCGACUAUGCAAGCAAGGCAGCAGACCGUAUGCCGUGCAUUCCGGUCUUCGAGGAUAAUAAGGGAGCGAUUCAGAUUGCGCACAGCCCGAUCACGAACUCCAACUCGAAGCACAUCGAUGUACGGCAUCACUUUAUCAGGGAACUGGUAGAGAGGAAGGAGAUCUCAAUUACUCAUGUGCCGUCGGAGUUUCAGCAUGCAGAUUUCUUGACGAAGGCUAUCAGCAAGGAAUCUUUUGCGUUGCACAGACUUUGUGAUCAAUUUGCAGUGAAAGAAGUGUUUUGGGAUCAAAUCGUGUUUUGCCGCGGACACACGUACCCAUUCGGCUCGGAUCGCAGGGUGCCCGCUCUGAGACCCUGCAGGCACGAGUACUAUGACGGCCCUAUAUUGUGA